GGCGUCCCCCGUGUGGGCCAUGGCGGGCCCGCGGCUGGAGCCCGACCUAGCCCGGCAGCUCUUCUUGGAGGGCGCCGCGGUCGUAGUGCUGGGUGUGCCCGCGGGCACCGAGUUCGGCAUCGACUACAGCACCUGGAGCGUGGGCCCCAGGUUCCGCGGCGUCAAGAUGAUCCCGCCGGGCGUCCACUUCCUGCACUGCAGCGCGGGGCGGGCGGGCGGCCGGGAGACGGGGCCUCGCACCGGCUUCUUCCUGAGCCUGCAGCGCCGGGACCUGCGGGUGCUGCGCUGGGACGCCGGCAGCGAGGCCGUGGAGCUGGCGCCGGCGGGCACGGAGGAGGCCGCGGCCUUCAGGGAGAACCUGCGGGAGCUGGACCCGUUCCUCGGGCCGUACCCCUACGAGAGCCUCAAGAAGUGGGUCUCCCUCACCAGCUUCAUCAGCGAGGCGGCGAUGAAGAAGCUGCAGCCGGAGAGCGGGCAGAUCUGCGCCUUCUCCGAGGUGCUGCCGGUGGCGGCCGGGAGGCUCUCCAGGGACCGGGCCGAGCAGCGCCUGCCGCCCGUCGAUGCCGAGUGCCGGAGCUACGCCGAGGGCUUGGCGCGGCUGCCCCAGAUGAAGCCGAGAGCCGGUACCGAGAUCAGAUUCACGGAGCUGCCCAAGCAGAUGUACCCCGAUGGUGCUACGCCGGAGGAGAUCACCAGGCACAGCAUGGACCUCAGCUACGCGCUGGAGAAGGUGAUCAGCCAGCGGUACGCCAGCCAGCCUCGGGAUCUGCUCGCUGAGUUGCAGUUUGCUUUCAUCUGCUUCUUGAUUGGAAACGUAUAUGAUGCGUUUGAGCACUGGAAAAGACUCUUAAACAUCCUGUGCCGAUCUGAAGAUGCCAUAAGGAAGUAUCAAGACCUUUAUGUCAAUCUGAUUUCUGUGCUGUAUCACCAGCUUAGUGAAAUCCCAGCGGAUUUUUUUGUGGACAUUGUCUCCCACGACAACUUUUUAACCAGCACCUUGCAGGUGUUCUUUUCCUGCACGUGCAGCGCUGCUGUUGAUGGGACCCUAAGGAAAAAGGCAGAAAAAUUCAAGGCUCACCUAACGAAGAAAUUUAAGUGGGACUUUGAGGCAGAGCCUGAUGACUGCGCUCCUGUCGUGGUAGAACUUCCUGAGGGCGUGCAGGUGGACUAAGAAAAACACUUGCUUACAAAUAAACUGCUUCUUAAAAUAACUCCUCUCCACAUUUUCUCCAGCCUCACCAGCUUCCUGAAGUCUGUUCCUGAGCCUGACUCCUCUUUCUGCUGUAGAAGCAGAUAUGGAAAACCCAGCAGGAUUCCAGGAGACUGAAUUAUUGGAAGAGUUUGGAUAUUGUCAUAUGGCUGCUUUGGACACCACCUUUUUUCAUGCCUAGCUCUUUGUACCAUCUCAUUCAGUACUUAGCUGACCUCUAGAUCCUGUCCUUCUGGUCCUGACCUGGAGGGAACACCCUGUCUAGAGGGCAUCUGUGGUUUACACUUGAAGCCCUUGUUGCUCUGAUUUAAUGCCUUCUGAGCAAGGAGUGGAAACCCACAUAACUGGUCAGAGCAGCUUUUGACAGCCCCAACCCUGGCUGUGAACUAAGAAGUUCUGUUCUUCAUAGGCUGGGAUUACGGGGGUGUAGCCACAACAGUUUCAAAACUGUGUUGAAUGCCUAUGUUUCUUACUGUGAUUUAUUGCAAUGAUCAAUAAAUCAUUUGAUUUGGGUCCUCCUUAUGGAGGGGGACUCGAAACCACAAUAAAAUGCUUCCCAUUACAUACCCCAAA